AUGAACAGCGUUGGUUUAGUGUGGCAGUGUGUGAGGAGGUACUCCCGUGUUGCGGUGGAGUCUGGACUGAAGAGGCAGACGUGGAAGCCCAUAGACUCUCGGAAGACGUUCCUGUUGGACUCUUACCGGUACAUGAUGGACAACAACAGCAUGGUUCUUUUUGCGCAUUACAACAACUUGACGAAGAAUGAGGACCACCACUUCAGGGAGCAGAUCAAGCAGGCCGGUGGGAAGCUGACGAGGAUAAGGAACAAUAUAUUCAAAGUGUGUUUGAGGACGCUCGACCGCGAGGACCCCGCCGUGUACAUCAAGAACAAGAAGGAGUUGCCUCACCACCCGCUGAUCCCACUGUUGAAGGGCCCCACAGCGGUCAUCUCCUUCCAAGAUACUGACCCUCAGGGAGUCGCUAAAGUGUUCAAGCUACUGAAAAACGCACAAGACAAGUUACUUGUGAUGGGUGCAAAGGUCGACAAAGAGGUCUACGACUUCGCUAAGCUGGAUCAGUUCAAGACAUUGCCAACAAAAGAAGUCUUACAAGGACAAUUGGCAGGGCUUUUGCAGAUGCUUGGUGGUGCAGGUCUUGUGCAAGUGCUGGAGGCUAACAAGCAGCAUCUGUAUCUAACCUUGAAAUCCCACGAAGAUAACAUAAAAGAAUGA